CGGCCGCUCUGUCUCUAGACGUUCAUUCACGACCGAAUGGUAUCGGAGGCGCGAAUCGCCCACAGGAUGUGGCAGUCGUGAUGUCGGUGGUCGAGGGAGACUUUUGGAAAGCCUUGGACAUGGACGUCGCUGGAAUGCAGCAGGGACAAGCCGCCUUCACUACCCCGUACCAUCGCCACGGGGAUUGUGUUACUGCGUUCUGCCGAUAACACAGUGAUGAACUGACUGUGAAAGCUGAAGCAGUUUCACCGACUCCAGCAUGUCCGAAAAACCGUCCGCCAGCACCGGCUUCGCUACUUCCGAGGAGUGCGAGGAUCCAGACUGGAGUGAGGACGAGACGUACGACCCGAGUGAACUGAGCAGCGGCUCCACAUGGAGCGCCACCAUCCCGGGGCACCUGACGGACCCGGUGGACGGGAGAGAGUACACCCUCCUCCGUAAACUUGGCUCCGGGCGUUACGGCAAGGUGUAUUACGCCAAAUGUACCCAAGAGAAAGAGUACGCCGUGAAGGCCAUGCGUCUGCAAGACGUGAAGCAGAACAAACUGAUGGAGGUGGACAUCCACAGGCACCUCAAACACCCCAACAUCGUGGAGCUCAUCAGGGACAUCGAGGACAGCAGCAACCUGUACCUGGUGCUGGAGUUCUGUCCUAACAAGUCCCUGGAACACCUGUUGAAGGAGAGGAAGAAGUUGAAGGAGAAGGAGGUGAGACCGAUCUUCCGUGGGAUCGUGGCCGCCGUGGAGUACGUCCACUCGCGGGGGAUCGUCCACUGCGACCUGAAGCCGUACAACGUGGUGAUGGGGAAGGACAUGCAGGCCAAGCUGACGGACUUCGGCGCGUCUGUCCGGAUCUGCACGGCCGCGUCUAACAAGAUGAAGUGCGGGACGCCGAGUUACAUGGCGCCGGAGACUCUGACGGCCAAGGGCACGCAGGUAGCGACCUUCGCCGGGGACAUCUGGGCGUUAGGCUGUAUCCUGUACAGAAUGGUGACGGGGAACCUGGCCUUCACGUACCACAAACUGAGGAGGAAGCAUGCCGGGGGCAUGUACCUCCGUCUGGGCUGGCUGAACUUCACCCUGCCGUGUUGGCUGUCCUCCUCGGCCAGGUGUGUGGUCAGAAACUGUCUGCACAUCGACCCCACGAAGCGCCCCCUGGCGGAGCAGCUCAUGGAGUACGAGUUCGUCAAGAAGGGACAGAUCCGCUCAGCGGCGUCCGUGGAUGCCCUGGACACGAGAUGUCUGGCAUCUUGCUCCAAGGACACAACCUGCACCAGUAGGUAGUGCGUCUAUGGACAGAGUUACUCAAAGUUAGUUCGCGACUGCUUUUGCUGCAUUUUACACAGAGAAUGAUAUGAAUGUGUGUACGGUAAAAUUUACUCUCUUGUCAUUAACAGUAUUACCAAAGUAAGAUCUAUAUAGCUCUAUAGAAAAACAUAUGGUAGUGCCAAACAUAUACAGCCAUGCUUCAGCGCAGGACGCUGUUGCUACUAAAGUUAUGUGAACUCUUGAUAUAUAUCAAUAUAUAGAAAUAUAAAAUAUGUACAGAACUGAUAUAUUUGCGCUACUAGCGUUGUUUGUUACAACUCGAGAGAAGUAUUUUAAAGCGUCUACUAAAA